AUGCUCAUGAAUACAUUUGCCGGGCCAUUCCAGAUCGACGGUGCGGAUGUGGGCUCUAUUUAUCCGAUGGUGGAUUUAGACGCGUCAGCGACGAGCAGAGACGAGGAGGUCUUCUCAGACAACAAGACUUUCGACACCGUCUCACCGCUCACUUUCGAGUUGCCAGCGAUAAGCAGCGCAGAUGAUGUCAAGGAGGGCUUCUAUAUCACAGACCUUGGCGUGCCUUCGGUCCUCCCGUUGCAGCUUUCGGCGACAUUCGGGGAUGCAAAUAGCUGGUCAGUCGUAACGGUCACCGACUCUGGACAAGAGUGGCAACCGACGCAAUCGCACAUGCUCAAGCAAGAGAACCUCUCUUUCUGCGGGUCGUUCGGCCUGAGCUCAACCUUUCCUGGAGACCAGAGCGCGAGAGCAAACUUGUUCUCCCCAAGCACCGCCUCCGAGGCAAGUCUCGCCACUAAUGAUGACUGGUUUGCUCUGCUCGACCUCGGAGAUGGAGUGGACUUCACCUUCGACGAGAUGCCUGGGGGACAAAGUAUGCAAGCGCCUCUGAACGGACUGUCUUUCGAGGUUCUGCCCUCGCCAGGGCAGCAGGUGCCUUUGAGCUCUACUUGUGGCAAUUUACAAGCAUCAAACCAGUACGCUGCCGCGUCUUCCACGGUGUAUGAAGCAUCGGUGGCAUCUCCAGCUCUAAGUCCGUACCAUAUGGGCCUUUGUCCUGCCAGCCAGCAAUCAGACGGGACCGGUCUUUACCUGGAUUCAGCUGCCCUCGCCGAAGUGAAUAGUCUCGCCUUCCCGGUGGUUUCGACUACAAGCUCUCCAGUAACUACCACCGGCAUGGCUUCUGACAAAGAUAACACUCGCAAACAGAGCUCCAUAGCGCUGUACGAUACCAUGAGCAUCACUUCAAGGAAGGAGGCCAAGUGGGCCCCUCAGCAGUCGAGAACAGCAAAGAACCUGGCUGCCAAAAGAAUGCCGAGCACAUUCCAGCACGACAGCGUAAGCAGCGAUGGUGAUGCUAUUGUGGUCGAGCCCGCAUCGCAACCUUUCUCAUCCGGCAUGAGAGGCGAGAGUCCCGUGAACAAUGUUGCUGUCCCGCUCAACGAUGCUUCACACAUCUCAGGUGGACCUCUUGGGGCAGUCCCGAAGAAGAAAAGCACGGGCAGGGAACAGGGGACGGCAAAGCCCAAGCCACCGCCAAAGCGCAGAUCGAAGUCGAAGGCAGGUCCAAGACUGACUUGUCACCAACCUGGAUGCGGCAAGACUUUCUCAAGCCAGCAUAAUCUGAACGAGCACCAGCAGGUGCACGAGUACCCGCGCGUCCAGCGGUACUUCUGUCGCGAGGAUCAGUGCGCGCUUGAGGUGAAAGGCUUCAACUUCAAACGGGACCGAAUGCGCCACUACAGGCAGAAGCAUCCGUGGGUAGCGGAGAGGCUGAAGGAGGAAGCGGCUCGGCAGGUGCAAGAAAGGAGGGCAGCUCUCGAACGAAAAAAGGCAGAAAUGGCGGCAAUCAGAGCAGCAGCACGAGAAAGAGUGGCAGCGGUUAGGAAGGCACAAAAGAUCAGGUUCAAGCUCGAGAAGGAAGCGAACGGAAAUUGGUCAGGGACCGUGGACUGCGAGAUGCAGGUGAUCGACGGGCAAAGGUGUUGA